AUGCUUUUAUCCUCUACAUUACCAGGUCUUCAAGUUUACCGAGAAAGAGCGUGCACAUUACAGGAGCAGCGCUGUCACCCCAAAGGCUGCAGGUUGGAAUCCACCCGCAGCUCCGCGAGUGAAAGAAGCGCGAUUGAAAAGCGACUCCAACCCGAUGGCGCAGACCACACAUCCCAGCAUGCCGCGCGCGGGCGCCCGAAGCCCCGCCUCUUCCGGGUCACGCCGCGCGUGGGCGCCGCUCUAGGCGCCCCCUCCGCUCUUUGGUCCCGCGGCGGCCCAGUGAUGGAGGCUGAUGGUGACCGCUGGUUCGGCGGCGAGUUCGAGGACUCGGUGUUCGAGGAGGGGCGCGAGCGGCGGAGCCGACCGCCCGCGUCCUACUGCGCCAAGCGCUGCGAGCCGCAGUGGUUUUAUGAAGAAACAGAGAGCAGUGACGAUGCUGAAGGUCUGACGCUGAAGAAAUUCAGAGGGGACCUGGCCUACAGGCGGCAGGAGUACCAGAAAGCUCUGCAGGAGUAUUCUAUCAUCUCUGAGAAGUUGUCACAGACCAACUUUGCCAUGAGCAGGGACGUCCAGGAAGGCCAGGCCCGGUGCCUCGCUCGCCUGGGGAGGCAUGCGGAAGCUCUGCAGAUCGCUGCCAACUUGGAAAAUAAAGCAACCAACACGGACCACCUAACCACGGUGUUGUGCCUCCGGCUGUCUGUCUGUUCAAGCCUGCGGAAUGUGCAGGAGGUCAUGUUCUGCUUGCAGAAGCUGAUUUGUCUGCAUCCGUUUGAUCCUUGGAUCUGGGGCCGACUGGCGGAGGUGUACCUGAACCUGGGGCCUGCACUCUCAGCAUCGUGUGCGCCCUCUCAGAAACAGAGCCAUUUCUCCUCAAGUGACAAAACUAUCAGAUCAUCUGCUCCUUCUUCAAGAAAAGGUGGCCUUUUGUGUUUCCCUGAAACCUUACCUGAGAGCUCUAAGUUUUCUGUGGAAGCAAGUGGCAACCCUAGCCAGCAAAAUGAGAGGGUUCUUCAAAAUACCGAGAACUGUGUGUCAGAAACAAGCGAGGCCGUGUGGACAGACACACAGAUCAAAGCUUGUGCCUCUUUUAUAAGGACCAGGCUCUUGCUUCAGCUCAUCCAGUCCCAGCAAAGCUCAUUUGCUUUGGAGAGGAACUUAAGGACUCAGCAGGAAAUUGAAGAGAAAAUGAAAGGGUUCCGCUUCAAAGAAGACACUUUGCUGUUGAUUUCUGAGGUCAUGGGAGAAGAUCUUGUUCCAGAAAAAAUCAAAGAGGAAGUUCACGCAGAGGUCAAGUGUGUCGGCUCUGCUGCAUUGGCGGCCUUGAUGAUUGCAUCUUCUGAGGAAUUUGAGGACAAGUGGUUCAGAAAGAUCAAAGACCACUUCCGCCCCGCGGAGAAUCCCUUCCACACAGAGAUACAAACCUUGGCUUAA